UUCAAGCGGAGUGAUAGCUUGGUCGUUCAGUUGUAAACAAGGAUAGUUUGAAAAUGGCCGCCGAGAAUGAGGUCAAGUGGGAUGCAGAUAAAAAUAUCGGCGAUUUUUAAUCACAUUGCUCGUGCAGCCUUCAUUGAUGCUGCAUAUUCUCAAAACAGUUGCAAAUUGUUGAUGAUUUGCAGCUGAAGGCAUAAAAAUGGUGGAUAAACAGGGUGGCAUGAGUGGCCAGGACUUGUUGGACGUCCAGCAGAAACUGGUCAGCAAUGGUUUUGACCCACAGUGUACGGACACAGAGAAGGUCACUCAUCUUUGGAGGCUGUAUCUGGAAUCAGAGGGCAAGCUAAAAACUGCCCAGGAAAAUGUGGAACAGCUCCGUAAGCAGCAGGAAGAUGAGAUGAAGGAGGUAGAGAACUAUGUGGAGCACAUACGGAGCCUCUCUGAGGAGAGAAUGUCCCUGACAACAGGGCUCGAAAAUGAGAAUGAACAACUAAAAGCUGAGAUUGAGCAUCUAAAACAGGAGCUAGAAACCCAUCAAAAUGAGGAGGUGAGAGAGAUGUUGAUCCAGCAGGGAUUGGAUGACAUUGCCCAGGGCUCCGUCAGUGAACAGAUUGCCUUCUUACUGGUGGAGAGGGCAAGGUUGCUAGAUGAACUCGAGGCUGAGCAGAGUAAACACAAUAGCAGUGGUGGCAUUGGUCCGGAUAAUGGCCUCAAUGUCAGUCAGUCCAAGCUUCAACAAAUGUUGGAACAAGAGCGCCGCGACCACGAAGAAGAGCUCAGACAGCAGCAAGAGAGCAUGAAACAAGUGAAAGAGCAGCUGAGAUCCGUCCAGGAACAGGAGCUGAGCAAACUGCAGGCUGACAAAAGGAAGGUUGAAGAACAGAACACAAAAGCCAGAGAAAGGGUGAAAGAACUGGAAAAAGAGACACUCAAACUGAAAGGAGAACUUGGCAAAGAGAAACUACUACGAGCACAAGCAGAGAAAAAGGCCAAACAAAGCUCUGAGGUCCUACCAACAAAGUCUGGAAGUGAAGAAGAACUCUGGAAGGCAAAACAAGACAAGAGCAAACUUGAGAGAGAUAUGUUAUCCAUGAAAGGGAAAGUGAAGAUUUUAGAAGACCAAAAGGCACAGUUGAGUGAUCAGGUAAGAAUCCUGACAGAGGAUCUUGACAAAGAGAGACAGCAGAUGGCAAACAAGUCCGCCAGUGAAGAGAGCGGCCUGCUGGAACUCAAUGCCAAGGUCAGCACACAAGGCACACAGAUUUCACAGUUACAGAUCACACAGCAGAACCUAGAGGUGGAGAAAAGCGCUUUGGCUAUCAAGUUGGACUCUGCUCAGAAAGAUAUAGAAAAUCUCAAGAAGGAAAAUAACGAGCUUUCCAUGGAAAAUCGCACUUUAUCUACCUCAGUACAAGAAACAGAAGCAAAACACAGGAAAGAAAAGGAGGACCAGCGAAAUGAGUUGAAGAGUUUGAGACAAGAAAUCUCCAACGCCACUUUGAACCUGAACAAAGCCAACCAAUCAAAAGUGGAGACAGAACAGAAACUUCUCAUCACGGAAGAAAUGUUGUCUGAUCAGAAACGACAGGCGGAGAGAGUGCAAGACACUCUCAAGUCAAAGCUCAGAACAAUGGAACUGAAAGUGGAAUCUCUGGAAGAUGAGGUGACCAGAACCCAAAAUGAAGUCAAAAAUACCACAAAAAAUUAUGAAAAGUUGUUGACCUUGGCCAAAGCAGAGACAACAUCCAUCCAGGACAGACUGACCAGAGAGCUGACCAGCAAGGACAGUGUAGCCGGGGAAAUGUCCAGUAAGCAACUGCAACUGGAACAAGCAAACAGGGAAAUGGAGGCCAAAAUAGAAAUCCUGGAACAGAAGCUUAAAGACUCUACAUCUAACUCAGAGCGCCUAACAAGUGACAGAGACCAGCUGGCGAGUGAGAAAAACAAACUGAUCACGGAACUGGAGACUUGGAAGAGGAGCCAGGAAGAGGCUGAGAGGAGGAGAACAGAGUUGCAGGAGAGAGUGGCCAUGUUGGAAGAAGUCACACACCAGCUAGAAGGGGACAAUAAGGAACUUGCUGCUAAGUUAAAAGAAAAUUUGCUCAAUGAAAAGGAGAAGCAACAAGAAGCAGAAGCUGCCGAGAAGCUGCAAAAAUCCCUGGAGGAAAUUAGAACACUGAACAGUGAGAUUGACCACCUGAGAGAGGAACUCAGGAUGAAGCACUCACACGUCACCAAGCUGGAGGCAGAGGCCGCUAAUGAUAAGGUCAAAGGUGAAUCAGGCAUCAGUUCCCUAAGGUCUGAGAUGGAAGAGCUGAAGCUGUCCCACCAGAGAGAAAUUGAGGACCUGGGAAAGAAGUUAGAGCAGGCUUACAGAGAGUCUGGGGACUUGAAUGCACAGCUUAGGGAGAAAGAAGAGGAAAUACAGGAGUUAAAAGAAGCUAGAGACAGGGUUAAAAAUAGUGGAAGCAAAACUGAGCUCCGUCUUGAAACAGAAAUUAAGUCAAGGUCAGACCUGGAGAAGAGAAACACGACCUUGGAACAGGAAAUGACAAAGGUGCUAAAUCAGACGAAGGAAUUACUGGAAAAAGUCAGACUUCUUGAAGAUGCCAACAAAUUUUUAGAAGAAGAAUUAGAAAGGAAGCGUGGCGUAUCCAAACAGACAGAAAUGCUGUUUACUCAGAGAGCCAGCGACCAAAGCAUGCAACUCCAAAUGUCAAACAACAGGGCUGAGAAUGCAGAGAGAAGGGUCAACGAGCUCCAAACUGACCUAGAAGAGGCCUUGUCACGCCUGCAGGCAGCUGAGCAUCAGCUACGCGAGGGCCCCGUCCUUCGUAUGGAACUUCAGACCACCAAGGAUGAGCUAAUUCGCCUGCGAAAUAAUUUACAGGAGGAGAAGUUACAGAAACAAAUCUCCACACAGAAUUGUGAGGAGCUGAAGCAGCAAGUUACCUCUCUUAAGGACAGAGAGGCCAGGCUACAGGCAAAGAAUAAAGAAUUACAACACACUCUUUUGGAUGUGGAGGCUAAAAUGAACAACAUGAAAGAUGAGACAAAGUCUGUGAAUGACAUGCAUCACUUAACAGAACAAAGCAAGCAGACCCUGGCAGGCCAGGCGGCAAAACUUCAGCAAGAAACUGAAACUCUCCAGUUAGAGCUCCUCUCAGUAUCAGAGAAACUGCAGGCACAGACCAAGAAGAACCAGGAUAGGAAAAAUAGGCACAAGGCAAAGCUUCAGAAUGCGAGGGAGCUGUUCCAGAGAGAAAAACAGCGCCUUCGCGACGAGCUCCAACGACUGGAGUCCGAGCUGUUAUUGGCACAGUCCACGCUCUCCAGAGAGGCCGAGUGGAAGGCUAAGAUGGAGAGCAAAUACAAAAUGGUGCUACAGGAGAAAAGAGAACUACUUGCUCAAAAUGCAGAAAAUGAAGAACUUGCCCGUGACAAGGGGAGGGCCCUUCAACUACUGGAUGUGAAGUUGAAGUUUGUGGAAGACGAGAACUUCCAGCUGCAGUCAAGGUUAGAUUCACUGGUCAAACAGAGAGCAGGGCUGGAGAAGAUGGUGAAAGAGCUUAAAGCAAAGGAAGAGAAAAAUGAUAACCAAAAACCAUUCACCCUUGGUCUGGAGAAUGGAAUCUCAGGCAGAGCUUCCCCUUUAUUUCAGGUCAACCCGAAGUUUUCCAAUAAACCUUAUUUCCAAAAUCAAAAUGGAGGUAAUGACUUAGGGUCCAUACUUUUACGAAGGACCCCAUCUCCAUUUUUAACUAGCACACCCGUGAAAUCAGACUCACCCGUGAGACCAGAUUCGCCUGUGAGGUCACAAUCAGAUGUGAGGUCACAAUCAGAUAUGAGGUCACAGUCGCCUGUGAGGUCACAGUCACCUGUGAGGUCACUCUCCCAUAUGAUGUCACAAUUGCCUGUGAGUUCACAGACUAAUAUGAUGCCACAGUCCCCAGGGAGGUCAUAUUUUCCACUGAGGUCACAGUCACUGGGACAGGUCAACCAUAAUGGUCCAGUUUUAGGGAGUGCGAACAGCAAUACAGGGCCAGUCAGUGGUAGUGGCAGGCUCUCAGGUUAUUUAGGUUCAUAG